UUAGCUGACGGACGGCCACAACUCUCACCGUUGAGAGGAGAGCAAAAUAUAUAGUCGAGUGAUAUAGCAAAAGCUGCUGGCAAAAUGGUGACGAAGAAGCAGGAAGGCAACAAACUGGCUUUGCUUCGCUUGGUCGCCGCCGCCGCCGCGGUGGUGGUGGUCUUCGCCGGCAGCAGCGGCACUGCGGCGGCGCAGGCGGCCGGGCUGAAGAAGGGGUUCUACAAGAAGAGCUGCCCCAAGGCGGAGGACAUCGCGCGGAGGGUGGUGUGGAACCGCGUCGCCGGCAACCCGGAGCUCGCCGCCAAGUUCCUCCGCAUGUUCUUCCACGACUGCUUCGUCAGGGGGUGCGACGCGUCGGUGCUGCUGGAUUCGGCGAGCGGGACGGCGGAGAAGAACGCGGCGCCGAACCUGUCGCUGGGCGGGUUCGAGGUGAUCGAGGAGGUGAAGGCGGCGGUGGAGCGGGAGUGCCCCGGCGUGGUGUCGUGCGCGGACGUGCUGGCGCUGGCGGCGCGGGACUCGGUGUCGUACCAGUACGGGGCGGCGCUGUGGGAGGUGGAGACGGGGCGGCGCGACGGCACCGUGUCCAGCGACCAGGAGGCGCUCGCCGACAUCCCCGCCCCAUCCUCCGCCUUCCCCGUCCUCCUCGCCAACUUCUCCGCCAAGGGCCUCGCCCUCCAGGACCUCGUCGUCCUCUCUGGUGGGCAUACAAUCGGAAUCGGGCACUGCAACCUGUUCAGCUCCAGGCUUUUCAACUUCACCGGCAAGAACAACCCGAGCGACGUCGACCCGUCCCUCAACCCAUCCUACGCAAGAUUCCUCCAGGGGCAGUGCAGGCGUAACCGGAACGACAACUCGACGGUGGUGGCGAUGGACCCCGGCAGCAGCCUCUCGUUCGACAGCCACUACUUCGUCAACCUGAGGGCGCGGCAGGGGAUGUUCACCUCCGACGCCGCGCUGCUCACCGACGGCCGCGCCGCCGCGCUCGUUGACAAGCUGCAGGACCCGGACGUCUUCCUCGACCACUUCAAGAACUCCAUCAAGCGCAUGGGCCAGAUCGGCGUGCUCACCGGCGGCAGCGGCCAGAUCAGGAAGAGGUGCAGCGCCGUCAACUCCUAGUGCAUGCCAUCGCCGUCGAGCCUGCCUUCCUUCAAAAUUACUUCAAUGUAGCGCUAAAUGAUGCAAAGCAUUAAACAUGUCGUACGUUGCAUCCCCCAACAACCAUUAUAUAAUUGUUGUAUGAUACUUGUAUCGUAGUAACAAUAAUUGUAAAAUGUUGUAAUGCUGUAUUUGGUAAAAUCAAGAGCUUGACUACGGUACUCUUUAUUUAUUACCAUCGAUAUAAAAAUCUCUACCAGACUAAAAAUUCUCC